AUGUCGACUGGAAUCAUGACUAGGUCUGCCAGCCAGGCCGAAGGUUCCUUUGCCGAAUUCGCUAAGAUGAUGGACGAAUAUUUAAAAAAUUCCAGCAUUUUCAAGGAUGUCAUUGUUAGUGCUGUUAACACCGCAAUCGAUGUCAAAAUCCAACCGCUACAAGAAGAGAUUGCCUCACUCAAGGAUGAAGUAGCUUCGCUCAAGUCAAAAUUCGUCAUCGUAGAAGCAAAAGCGAAUGAAAACGAGCAAUACUCUCGGCGAAAUAAUAUCAGAAUUUUCGGUCUACCCGAAGCAAAGGAUGAAAAUUGUUAUAAAAUAGUUAUCGAUUUGUGUAAAGACGAACUCAAAAUUGAUGUUACUAGCGACGACAUCGACCGAGCACAUCGUGUCGGAAAAUUAAAACAAGCUAACGCCCUAACUGUAGGCGAAGGUCAAGCAUCUCCACAGCCUCGAGCUAUAAUUGUGAAGUUAAACGGCUAUUUUACCAAGCUAAAGUUCAUGAGAGGAAAAAGAAAUCUUAGCGGCAAACGGAUCUACAUUAACGAAGAUUUGACGAAAAUCAAUCAUCGUUUAUUAUUGAAUGUAAAAGAGUUAUGUUCGCCAGGCGUGAAAGUUUAUUCAGUCGAUGGAACUGUCGUAGCUAGAAAGCAGGAUCGCGUGUACCGUAUCAAAUCUAUUGAUGAUCUCGUCAAGUAUGGUCUGAAUGUUUGA